GCCGGGAGCGGAGCGGGGAAGAGCUUGCUGCACUUCAUGAAGUUCGUGGGGCAGCUGAAGGGCACGGCAGCGCUGUACUCCGACAUUCCUCCACUAUGUAUGGAGGAGACACAGAAGCUGCCGUCCCUGCCUUGUACUUAGCCUGUAUGCGCGCUCCCGAGAGUGAGAGCAGCAUACAGGAAGAAGGGCGGAAGCCAGCCCUGUGAAGCCUCAGAUGACGUCUAGCCUGCCGGGCCACGCCCACUUCCUCCCUCACUGAACCACCGAUGAUUGUGCAGGCUGAUAAGCCUGGAAAAGAGAGAGUCCCAAGAACAGGAUGGGUAUACCGCAAAGUGGAGAAGCCAGAGAGCGUGUCCGAUCACAUGUAUAGGAUGGCAGUUAUGGCAAUGUUAACAGAAGACAAGAAACUAAAUAAGGAUAGGUGUAUAAAACUUGCUCUUGUGCAUGAUAUGGCGGAGUGCAUUGUGGGUGACAUAGCUCCUGCUGACAAUAUCUCCAAGGAGGAAAAGCACAGGCAAGAAAAGGAUGCUAUGAACUAUUUAUCAAAUCUGUUACCAGAUGAUAUGAAGAAGGAGGUGUAUGAACUGUGGGAAGAAUAUGAGCAUCAGUCCAGUCCUGAAGCUAAGUUUGUUAAAGAACUGGACCAGUGUGAAAUGAUCCUCCAGGCUCUUGAGUAUGAAAAGCUUGAAAAGAGACCAGGAGAACUUCAGGACUUCUAUGAUUCAACUGCAGGAAAGUUUAAACAUCCAGAAAUUGUUCAGAUGGUUUCUGCAAUUUAUGAAGAAAGGGACUCCAACAUAGCAUCACAAGGAAGUAGCUCUCAGCUGUAAAGUAUUUUAUUUCAUGCUAAAAAUAAACUAUUUAUGGUUCUUUUAUACCAGAUUUAUCUGUUGAUUU